AUGCCUGAAAUUUCGCAGUUUAUUGUUAUUGUAGUCGGGAACGGCGAAAUGGAGAGAAGGAGAAAUGCGGCGGGGAGUCUGAAAACUACGAUUGCUAAAGUGAAUGUUUGCGCUCAACUUCUCGAGAAAGCCUUGCAAAACAAUGACAGGGAAGGUAUCAAUGAUGCCAAGGGUCAGCUUUUGAAUGAAGCGCGAGACGUUCUUUCCGAAUGGUUAGACGCUCAAUUUGGCAGUGCUGUGAAUGAUCAUAGUGUUUUCGAUAACCUCGCUAAAGCGUACGAAAGCGAAUUUCUCUCGGAUAUGGCACGCCUGAACGUUCUUCCCGCUGAUGUCGUAACCAGGGUCUCGGAAUAUGUUCCGGAAAUUGUAGCAUACGUUGAAAAGAUUAUAGAGAAUGGAUAUGCUUACACCACCAAUGAUGGCUCUGUCUAUUUCGAUACGAAGGCCUUUGAGAGCAACCCUAAGCAUUUUUAUGCAAAAUUGGUGCCGGAAGCAUAUGGUGACUCUGAAUCGUUGGAGAAAAAUAUGCGUGAAGGUGAAGGAGAGCUUAGUAUGACUGCUGACAAACUAAUGCAAAAACGAAACCCAUCUGACUUGACGCUUCUGGAAGUGCAGUCUAUAGGAAGGAGAACCGUUUUCUGGGAGAGUCAAUGGAGGGACAAGGUUGAAGCAUACUACGACAACCCACAAUGGGUCAAUUAUUUCAUUCAUUGUGGCACUCUCCGGAUAGCUGGCAUGAAAAUGAGCAAAUCGCUCAAGAAUUUCAUCACUAUUCGUGAAGCCCUUCAAACAUACACCUCUAGACAAGCUUCGAUUUCUGCUUUCUUAUGCAUAACUGGACUGAUGUUUUGGAUUACAGAACAUCCCUUUGUCAAAUUGCGCGCGAGUGCUUCCUAUUUGAUUCUUUUCAGCACGGCUACAAUGGAACGCGCCAUGCAGUUUGAAAAGAUAUCCAACGAAUUUUUCUUAUUAGUCAAGGAUUUGUUACGUAAACAUUACAAGCCGGAUAGCCCUCAGGGCUAUGUUAAAUAUAAUUCUCGAGAGCUUCAAAUCAUGGAGGAGUUCUCCGCCAUCAAAAAAGAUGUUCACGACGCUCUGUGCGACUCUAUGGACACGAGAACAGUCAUCGAAAAAUUGCGGGAUCUUAUCGGUAUUGGAAAUGCUUACGUUAACGAGAAGGAAAAGGAAGGCGUAGCUCCAAAUUGCCUUCUGCUUCGAAAUAUUGCUGCUUACAUGACAGACCUCUUCGCGAUGUUCGGAGUCAUUCCUAAAUCUGGAGAGAUAGGCUUCCCUAUAGAACGGGAGGCGGGUGUUGGUUCAGAAGAAAUGCUGAUGCCCUAUCUGAACGCUCUUGCCAGUUUCCGAGAGAAAGUCAGGAAUAUCGCUAAGGAUAAUAAAGUUACAGCAAUUUUAGAGGAGUGUGACCGGUUACGAGAUGAUGUUCUUCCCGAACUGGGCGUACGGUUAGAGGAUCGAACUCAAGAAACAGUGGUGAAACUAUGUGAUCGUGACAUUUUGCUCCGCGAACGUGAGCAAAAACGAGCUAUCGAGGCAGCGAGGCGGGAGGAGAAGGAGCGGAAAGCCGCGGAGAAAGCAGAGAAAGAGGCGUUGAAACGUAUCCCUCCUCAAGAAAUGUUCUGUCGAGGUGACGAAGCGGCAAAAUAUAGCAAAUGGGACGAGAAUGGUAUUCCUACGCAUACGGCUGACGGUGAAGAGAUUUCGAAAAAACAACGGAAGAAACUGGAGAAGUUAUGGGAGACACAGCAGAAGAACUACCAGCAGGCCGUUGGGUCUGGGAAUUAG